AUUUGUGUGGUUUCCAUGGAAACGCAGAAAGCCCGUGCAAUGAGGAAGGGGCGGUGCGUUUUUUGUCUUGGUGAUGUUUGUGUUAUAGCAGCGUCCACUUUAUACAAUGGAAUUGCCGGAGACUGUUCGAAAACGUCUAGAAAACUUUUCUCGAAAUGUUUUGUUUGACCAAAAUCGGACUCAGUCUCUCGCCAAAGACCAUGACACGUUUCUGCUACACGACAAACAGGUUCUGUCCAGCCUCCACCUCCAGAUGUCCCUCUACUUUAACAUGUGGUUUUUCCCUCUAUGGUGGAUCAGUGAAACAGUAAUGCUGCACCUGAAGUAUCCUGCUUUGCCAGACUACUAUAAAUUCAUCAUUGUCACUAUUCUAAUCCUGAUGACGCUGAUUGAGGCCAUAAGACUCUAUCUUGGUUAUGCUGGGAACCUGCAAGAAAAGGUCCCUGAGUUGGCUGGAUUUUGGCUCCUCAGUAUCCUGCUGCAGCUUCCAUUAAUCCUGUUUCAACUCUUCAAUGAAGCCAUUCUCAUACAACCCCUGGAGAGGGCCGUUCACAUAGUUCUCGGCAUUUUCGUACUCACACAGGCCCUCUUUGGUUUUGUAGCACUCAGGGAUAUGGUCAGACACACAGAGAGUCAGUUUCAUCUGCGACAGUUUGACUGAAUUCUGAAAACCUGCCUUUGCUGCCACAUCAGAACCCACCAGGGCAGUGCGCCUUAUGUCAUGGCUUCUCAUCCUGAGGCUUUGACAAAAAAAACAGUGUCAUUUUUUUCUAUUUAACAGUAAUUUCAGUGUUUCUGGCAACAUAUUUAUUUUUUAUAUUUUGCUGAGUUUUUAUUCCUGUGUUGUAUAUAUUUGUUUGUGUAGUAAAAUAAAUUACAUUUGUGUAACAAACAGUAUAUGUAUCCCAUACAGUAUUUAUUUUCACAUCAUGGAUUGGAGUAAAUUCACUCAAUAGCAUGGAAAAAUAAUUUUUGACAUAGAGCCAAGGGUCUCUGGAUGACAAAAUGUGUGCUACAGUGGGCCAGACUGUGAUAGUCUUGAGAGUAUUGUGUCUUCUGGACCCAUAGGUCUUUGCAGUUCUUUUCCAGAGGAGUAUUGUAUGAUGUCAUUAGUCUUAGUGGGUGUUUGGAGUCUAUGGAGGAUGUCACUCUGUGGACGUGGAAGAUUCAGUCUGCCCAGUGCUGACGAUUUUCUCACAUGGGGUAAAUUGUACCUUUUGUCGUCCAUGGUCUCCUUGAGGAAUCUGACGUUGAAAAGGAGGGUCAAAAGGGUCAAAAGUCUAUUCAACACUACUUGUCAUUAAAAAAGAAAAUCAGGGCGAUGCCCAGUUUUUGAACUGCAUCUGUCAGUUGAGCACAGUGUCAAAACGGCAUCAGAGACUGCUCAGUAGUGAUCAUCAGAAAGAAGAGAUCAUGUGCUAAAGAGGAAUAAGGAUAAAAUGUUUUACCUUUGUCCCUUUGUGCCCUUCAGCACAGGAACAAACAAAGCACUAUCUGCCUCUUCUCCCACAGGGAUGAAACUAGGCGUUAGAGCUCUUUGGCUCCGCUCUCCAAACGGUACACAUCUCAACAAUGACAUACUUGGUAAAUUACCUGCAAAAUGAGGG